AUGGCGUCGUUUGUGACCGAGGUGCUGGCCAGUUCUGGGCGCCUGGAGAAGGAGGACCUGGGAACCAAGAUCAAUCGGCUGUCCCGGAAGGUGGAGGAGGUGAAGGGUGAAGUAUGUGACAUGAUAAAUAAGAAAUAUGACGAGUUCCUUCCCAGCAUGCAAAGUGCUGAAGAUCUGGUGACACAAGUAAACAACCUGAAUAAAGAUGUAGACCUUCUGAAGUUACGGAUAGAGAACGAGGUGCAAAAUGACCUUAAAGUGGCAAUUAGUGAGUUCACAGAGUUGAAGCAACAGCUGGAAAAGAACACAAUUAUCCUCGCAGUUCUGCAACAGCUUCAAGAGUUUAAUAGUGCUAUUGAGAAGUACAACCUGACAUUGUCUGAGAGGAACUACAUUAGUGCAGCCAGACAUCUGGAAAAGGCACAGAGUUGUCUGAAGAUCCUGAAGUCUCGAAAGGGCUUUGAGCUGCAGGUGUUGAAAUCUCUGGGAAUAGAGCUGACCGUACAGAAGCAGAAUAUGUUGUACCACCUUGGAGAGGAAUGGCAGAAACUGGCGGUAUGGAAACUUCCGCCGUCCAAAGAUUAUUCAAGUCUGGAUAUGAUCUUGAAGACUGAACUGCAAUUAUGUGCUUUGCAUUCAGCUGAUGAGUCACCUUCUGGACCAAUAUUAGGUUCUGUCCUUCAGGCUUUGGCCAUCCUGGGAGAGCUAAACACCAAGCUCAAGUUCUUCAGCCAGUUACUGCUGAAUUAUAUCCUUAAGCCUUUGGUGAAAUAUCCAUCCCUUCACGUUCUGGUGGAGUCUCAACCUCAGGGAGUAAUACUUCGUUUUGAAAGCACUAAGACAGGGUUGGAACAUCCAACUCCACCUCAUGUGUUCAUGAAGCUGAAGCUGGUCCUGGAGCUACUACACAAGCACUUACUGGAUGUCCCAGUAGAAGGUCAGAAUGUCCAGGAGGCUGAUAAAGUGGUUCUAGCAGAGGUUCUUGGUGAUCUGAUCUGGGAAGAGAUUUCUGAGGCCAUCAUUAAAGACUGUCUGGUAUACUCCAUUCCUACCAACAGCAAGAAACUUGAGCAGUAUGAGGAGGUUAUAAAGGCUACGGAAGAAUUUGAAAAUGCUCUCAAAGGUAUGAGAUAUCUGAAGGGUGAUGCAACAGAGCUGCUGAAAUAUGCUCGAAAUGUCAAUGCUCACUUUGCCAGCAAGAAAUGCCAAGAUGUCAUUGUGACCGCAAGGAACCUCAUGACCUCUGAAAUACACAACACAGUGAAGAUUACGCCUGAUUCUAAAGUAACACUGCCAAAACUCCAAAGCCCUGGUGGAGAGAAGGUGAAGAUGCAGAAGAGUCCUUCACAUGAACUGUCAGGUCUAGAAAAUGAGUCCAAGCUCAGCCAACAUACCUUCUCUUUGCCUACCUGCAGGAUCAGUGAGUCUGUUCAGAAACUGAUGCAGCUCGCUUACCAGACCCUCUCUGAGGCCACUGCCAGCAAUCCACCUUGUACUACGUCUUCAAUCUACACUGUCAGAAACAUUUUUCAUCUGUUCUAUGAUGUUGUCCCAACGUAUCACAAACAGAACCUUCAGAAACUUCCUCAGCUGUCUGCCAUUCACCACAACAACUGCAUGUACAUAGCCCACCAUCUAAUAACACUCGGGCACCAGUUCCGCUAUCAUCUGCCUUCUCCGCUCAACGAUGGAGCGGCUACAUUUGUUGACAUGGUACCUGGCUACAGACGACUAGGCACAGAGACUUUUCUGGCACAGAUGCGUACACAGAAGGAGGAGCUGCUUGACCGCUUAUCAAAUGCUAGAUCUUUUAGCAAUAUGGAGGAUGAAGACAAUUACACCGCAGCCCAUAAGGCAAUACGACAGGUUAUCCAUCAGCUGAGUCGCCUGGGAAAGGUGUGGCAGGAUGUUCUUCCUGUGGGUUUAUACUGCAAAGCUAUGGGCACCUUGCUGAACACAGCCAUCACAGAAAUUAUCAGCAAAAUCACUGCUUUGCAGGACAUCUCCACUGAAGAUGGAGAACGACUGUAUGCUCUGUGCCGGACCAUGGUGGAGGAGGGACCCCUUGUGUUUACACCGCUUCCUGAAGAAGGCAAAAACAAGAAGUUUCAGGAGGAAGUACCAGUCUAUGUACAGAAGUGGAUGAAAUUCAAAGAGCUUAUGAUCAUCCUGCAAGCCAACCUGCAGGAGAUCAUUGAUCGGUGGGCCGAUGGUAAAGGACCCCUUGCUACAGAGUUCUCCACCAAUGAAGUAAAGAGUUUGAUCAGAGCUCUCUUCCAGAACACAGAGAGAAGAGCAGCAGCUUUAGCCAGAAUUAAAUAA